CCGACUCUGGACCCAAACACACACACAGCUGCACACCAAGUCACACACUCGCAACACCGUAGACACAGGAACGGCAGUUUUGCGGUGUAUACAUUUAACAGUCACACCAGAGAACCGCUUAACUUUUUUCAGAUUCCGUUUGGCCCGUUGAAAUGUGCGGAAGAACUGCGUGCACUCUGGCUCCGGACGAGGUGAGUCGAGCCUCCUCGUACAGGAACCGAGGCGGGCAGCGGAGACAGCCCCGCUGGAGGGAUGGAGACGCGGACAAAUACCGACCCUCGUACAACAAGAGCCCCCAGUCCAUGAGCCCGGUGCUGCUGUCCCAGAGGCACUUUGACAAGGAAGCUCCUGUGGAUGAGUGUGUGUUGGCCUCCAUGCGUUGGGGUCUGGUACCUGCGUGGUUCAAGGAGAACGACCCAAGCAAGAUGCAGUACAGCACCAGCAACUGCCGCAGCGAGAGUCUGCUGUCGAAGAAGUCCUACAAGGAUCCCCUGACAAAAGGACAGCGCUGUGUCAUCUUGGCUGAUGGUUUUUAUGAGUGGCAGAAGGUGGAAAAAGACAAGCAGCCUUUCUUCAUCUACUUCCCUCAGAGUGAGGGGCCCAGCCAGGGGAAAAAAGAGGAUCAGGAUGACCCCACGACCUCAGCUCGUAAUAAGGAGAAUUCAGAGGUAGCGUGCCCUCCAGGGGAAGCCUCCCCUGCUUUGACAGAGGAAGUUGAAGCACCAGGUGAGUGGACUGGAUGGAAGUUGCUGACCAUGGCUGGAGUGUUCGACUGCUGGACGCCACCAGAUGGUGGAGAACCCCUUUACUCAUACAGUAUAAUCACAGUGAAUGCUUCCCAAAAUCUGCAAAGCAUCCAUCAUAGGAUGCCAGCAAUCCUGGAUGGAGAAGAUGAAGUGAGAAAAUGGCUUGAUUUUGGCGAGGUGAAGUCUCUGGAUGCUCUGAAGCUGCUUCAGUCUAAAAACACUUUGACCUUUCACCCAGUGUCUUCGAUAGUCAACAACUCACGCAACAACUCUCCAGAGUGUCUCCAGCCGGUGGAUCCUAACAGCAAAAAGAAGCCCAAGCCAACAGCAAGCAGCAAGAUGAUGACGAGCUGGCUGUCGAGCAGCGCCCCAUUGAAGAGGAAGGGGUCCGACACGCGUGAGAGUAAAGACAAGCAAGAAAAUGAUGCAGAGACUGAACCCAAGUCUACAGGAGCACUUCAGCAGUGGCUUCAGGGAGCCAAGAAGAAACCAAGAACCAAGUGAAUGUAUGAACUGAACCAAGGACACUGUAGGGUCCUUUAUGUUUUCUUUUCUUUCUUUUUUUUUUUUUUUAAAUUGUGCUUUACUGUUUUAACAGGUAUGAGGAUUUGUUUCUUGUACUAAAAGUAAAUAUUUUAAAUGUAAGAAAAAUAUUCUGCACUGUU